AUGGCGUGCGAGCGGCUCAUGGUGUGCACCGUAGAGUAUGACUUCCUGAGGUGGUGCGGCCGAGCGUACGCAGAGGUGGUGGCUGAGGCGAGGGUCGCCGAGGGGCAGGGAGCGGUGGAGCUGCUGGAGACGGAGGGUGAGGGUCACGUCUUCUAUAUCUCCAAGCCCAAAAGUGACAAAGCCAAGGCCAUGCUCGACAGAAUCGUCUCCUCUGUCAACGGUCCGUGA